AUGUCUGCCUCCACGUCCACGGACCAAAGCGACCAGAGACCGCAAGCAUCCUUUUCCGAAAAAAUGCGAUCAGCCACACCAUCUCAAACACACCCCACAAAACCUCGCCACUCACCUAACCCUCGAGCCAAGCACCACAAAUCGGCGGACAGAGCCUCAACCAUUAUCGGAUCACGCAUAGAAAAGAAGCUCACGACCCACGGCAACAGGAACGCCGCUUCGUCUCCAAGAGCCACAGCCUCCGAGGUCCUCAUACGGGUGUUCAUCAAUAACCGACUCGGUACCAAAACCGAGAUUCUGUGCUCACCAUCAGACACUAUUGGAGCGUUCAAAAGAAUCGCCGCGGUGUAUCUGGGCACGAGGCCCGAAGCCAUGACGUUGAAGAGACAAGGCGAGCGCCCGUUCAAGGACUCUUUGACAUUGGAGGAUUACGAGAUCGGUAAUGGAUCGGCUCUGGAUCUUGAGAUUGAUACGUGUGAUUCAUAG